AUGUUCUCUGCAGGUUUAGAUAAACGAAAAGUGAUUGAAACUGCUGGAAAACAUAAACACAAUCAAAAUUCUAUUGAAAAAAUAGAAACACAACACUUUAUACAAUUUUCGUGCCUUCGUUUUUAGGUAGUGUUAGUAGCUGUCAUCGCAGCGGUGUCUGCUGCGGCCCCACCUCAGGAAGCUGCCAAAGCUUUUACUUUCAGUGGAUUCCCAUCCAACCAAGCCUACUACCCAGGCCAACAAGGGUACUACCCAGGAUACAUUGGUUACCAGGGUUAYCAAGGUUACAGCGGAUUCCGUAAUGGAUACUACCCGGGACAACAAGGAUACUACCCAGGAUACCAAGGUUACCAGGGAUACUACCCAGGAUACCAAGGUUACCAGGGAUACUACCCAGGAUAUCAAGGUUACAACCGCGGUUACUACCCAGGUGCCCCAGCCGUCUACCCCACCGUCACCCCCGCCCCAAUCAUCGCACCAGUGCCAGUCGCGCCCAAGGCUGUUUCUCCAGUGUACAAACCCGUAGACAACAAAGUGCCAGCUAUCCUUAAACAAUCGCAAGAAGCUGACUUGAACGGAUUCAAAUACGGAUACGAAACCGAAAACGGCAUCGUCGCCCAGGCUGCUGGAUACGUUAAGAACGCCGGUUCCGAAAACGCCGUCCAAGUGAUCGAAGGCUCGUAUGCCUACAUCGGUGACGAUGGUGCUCCAGUCGAAGUCAAGUACUACGCUGACGAGACCGGUUACCACGCAGCCGGAAACGUCGUCCCGACCACUCCCCCAGAGAUCGCCAAGUCUUUGGAAUUAAUCGCCUCCCAACCACAGAAACCAGAAGACUCCAAAAAGAAGUAAACCCAGCUCGCAUGUAACCAUCRUGUACGCUGAAACGGCCCAAACACUCGUAUACCAUUAGCUAUUAGAUACCGCAUGUGAAAUCAUGCAYAUUUUUAUCAUUGCAAAUAUUGUGUACCUAUGCAGUGAUUUUCGUUAUUCGUAUCUGAACGACGAAUAUCGACACAUUUACUGUACAUAGUAAUUCAGUUAUAAUAUGUUGGAUGUAACAAAAAAAGAUGAAAAUAUAAAAACUUGAAGUUAAAUA